GCUGAUACUGAAGUGAAGUGAGUCCCUACAAACAGAAAUCUUUCUUAAAUUACAAUUGCCGACUUUGGCCAAAAAGGAAACAGAAGACAAAACCACAAAUUUGUUUCACAGAUAAAUCUCUAGGGUUUAAUUCAGGUUUUCCCCUCUUCCUCCAUUAUCACAAAUCUCAAAGAUUGAACCUUGUUGCUCGUUCAGACAUUAAUGGGUGUGAUUGAUAUCCACAAUACUGCUUCUCACUGCUUAAUUAAAUCCAAUAGCAAUCUUCACCAAUUUUUGGUACCCCAAAGACCCAUUUGUUCUUUCCAAGUUAAUAAUCAAAGAAGGGUCAUUUCUAUGGCCUCCACUCUACCUGUAGAACAUGUCAAUGAGGAUGAAGAGAGGGUGACUGGUGACUCAUUUAUUCGUUCCCAUUUGAGGAAAUUGUCCCCUUAUCAACCCAUUUUGCCUUUUGAGGUUUUGUCAGCUAAACUUGGAAGGAAGCCUGAGGAUAUUAUUAAAUUAGAUGCAAAUGAAAACCCAUAUGGUCCACCUCCUGAGGCAAUUCACAAAAUACAUUCUUUAAUUAGUAAUUGUUUGCAGGUAUUUGAAGCUUUGGGGUCUUUGAAAUUCCCUUACAUAUAUCCUGAUCCUCAAAGUCGUGGAUUACGUGAGGCUCUCGCCCAGGAUUCUGGCCUUGAAUCUGAUUACAUUCUUGUGGGAUGUGGUGCGGAUGAGCUCAUUGAUCUAAUUAUGCGAUGCACACUGGAUCCUGGUGACAAAAUUGUAGACUGUCCUCCAACCUUUACAAUGUAUCAAUUUGAUGCGGCAGUUAAUGGUGCAGAAGUUAUAAAGGUUUUGAGGAAGCCAGACUUUAGUUUGAACGUUGAGCUCAUUUCUGAUGUUGUUCGACAAGAGAACCCCAAAUGCAUUUUCUUAACAUCGCCAAACAAUCCUGAUGGAAGUAUAAUCAAUGAUGAAGAUCUCCUAAAAAUCCUAGAUCUUCCGAUCUUGGUGGUGUUGGAUGAGGCAUACAUAGAGUUCUCAGGAUUGGAAUCUCGGAUGAAAUGGGUGAAGAAGCAUGACAAUUUAAUUGUUCUACGGACAUUUAGCAAGAGAGCUGGUUUAGCUGGACUCCGGGUUGGAUAUGGAGCAUUUCCUUUGAGCAUCAUCGAGUACCUUUGGAGAGCUAAGCAACCUUAUAAUGUUUCAGUUGCUGCUGAAGUUUCUGCAUGUGCAGCGUUGGAGAAUCCUACGUACCUUGAGAAGGUGAAAGAUGCUUUGGUACAAGAGCGAGAGAGGCUGUAUAAGCUUCUGAAGGAAGUGCCAUUUCUUAAUCCAUUUCCAAGCUAUUCGAAUUUCAUUCUUUGCGAGGUUAAAUCUGGGAGGGAUGCUAAGAAGCUUAAGGAUGAUCUUGCGAAUAUGGGCGUGAUGGUCCGACACUACAAUAACAAAGAACUGAAGGGUUAUAUUCGGAUAUCUGUCGGAAAACCUGAACAAACAGAUGCAUUGAUGCUGUCCCUCAAGAGUAUUUCUUGAUUCAGUGAGCAUUUUCCCCUCUCUUUUUCAAAAUUCUUUGAUCUUGAAAACCCUCAAGAAUGCUUAUAACAUUGUAAAACUAAUCGUUUAUUACAAUUUAAGAGCCCACUUAUGAGCUAAUAGUUGCAAUCUCUGCGAGCUAGAUUGAUAAUCUGUUUGGGAUUGAGACUAAAUUACUUUUUUUAAUAUAUUAUUUAAUAUGUUGGAAAACAUAA